AUGGUGAAACGUCAAACCUUACUCGCUCCAAUCAAGAAACAGAUUCCAGUAGAUUUUUACACAAGUGAAGAAAAUCUUGACCAAUAUCAACUCUUCAUGAAUAGGUAUUGCUUUCUCACAAUGACAAGGCUUCAAAUAAUUCCAUCUCAAAAGCAAGCAAUUCAUUCAGCUGGAGCACGUUUGUAUCAACAAAUCAAAAACCACUCAGAACUUCUCGAUGCAAUUACUGAUGUUCACUCAAACCUAUUCACAACAUCACAUGAAGAAUUCACAGUCCUAUCUAAAUCUGGUCGUGAAUGGCUGGAGCAAAGGACUAGCAAGAGAGGUCGAGUUACAAAGCAAGACCAACUGCGUAAAUCAAUACAAGACCUUCAGUUACAAAGAAGUAACAUACUUGAAUUGAAAUCCUCAACUCAGGAUGAGGUGUUGUUGGCAGAAUAUGACAAACAAUUGCAAGAACUGGACUUCAAAACACUUGACAAAAAGCAAGCGAUUGCAUAUCUCGAAAGGAAAGCAGCUGAACAAAGGAUCCGUAGACACAACAGCAGCACGAACAAAAUUGAAAAGAAGAGAGGACGUCCACGGAAAGCAUCAGGAAUGGCUCAAAGACUUCAAGCAGUAGUUGAAGGAACUGGUAUUGCCUCUGCAUCAGAGAGAAGAAGAGAUUCAUUUGUUCACACUCCUAUGAACGGUGUUGAUUUGGUUAAAGAAGCAAACGCUAAAUUAUCAGAAGAAGGAUUUCGUCCUUACAGCAGGUCUGGAAUGUUACGGUAUGUCGUUCCAAGGUGCAAAAGUAGUCGAGAGGGUAAACGACAUGACUCUGAAGCUACUGUUAAACUUACCAAACCGUCAAACGACCUGACUGAGGAACAUGUUGAUCUACAUGCUACCCAUUCUCUCAACAAAUACAUCAAGCAGUUGUGUUGUCUAUUGCCUGAAGAAAGUACAGCUAUUUCUUUGGAUGAAAAAGCGAAAAUACCAACAAAAGGAGCGGCUGUAUCGACAUCAACACAAAUAGCAAUGACUUCCAGUAGCAAAGUUUCACUACCAGACCAUGAUUUUCCAAAAGGUAAAGAGAAUUCAAUCACUCCAAAUGUUGCUGCAUUGUUACGUGCGGUUGUUGGUGGUAAUAACAGUCUUCGUUGGAUGGUGGAAAAAGUGUAUGUGAGAAGUAGUUCUAACGCCGAGUUUUUGAAGACCACUAGUCGAGAUAAGGACAAGAUGUUGUGUGAUCUGGUUUUCUUCCUCGAGAAGCUGAAGGAAACCGGAAAGCUUCUUCCGUUAUUUUUUUGUAACACUGACAACUGUGUAAACGUUGCUCCCCAGAACCGGAAGGUGCAGGUGAGGAUGUUCUACGUAUUCAUUUGCUUCGACCUUGACGCUCUCAUCCACACAUCCUUUGCCGCAGGAGGUAGUAAGUACAAUCGUGUUGAGCGAUGUAUGGCUCCGCUUUCAAAAGGCUUGGUGGGUGUUAUUGAUUUGGAUGAUGAAAGUUUUGCAAGCAAGCAACAGAAUCAUCAUUCAGCUUUAAUCAAACUCACAAAUAUCUUCAACCAAAAGGGUGGCAAGGAUGUACAGGCGUACUAUGCUAGUGUAUUCCAACAAGACCGUAUUCGAGAUUUACCUGGAUGGCCAUCUUUUGCUAGCAUUGAUGCUUUUUUGGAAGGAAAAGAUAUUACUGAUUUGGAAGAAGAGAAGAAGGUGAAGGCAAUACUUUUUAAACUCCACACACACUCAGAGCAUGGUAAUGGGUUGAACAUCUUUUGUCUCCGCAAGUGCAAUGAUCCAAGUUGCUGUCCACCAAAAAGAGCAACUAAAUAUUGGGAAUUGAUGGAAAAGUUUGAUGGUUUCAUUCCAUCUCCAAUCCUCGAUGAAAGUAAUCCUGGUCAUUAUUUGUCGUUUGAAAAACGAAACAAUGUGGAAGGAGUUAGAAUGGAUGAAGGGUUUCCGAGCGUUAAGGAUGAUGUCAAAACUUGUUCCCUUUGCGAUCGUAGAGUCCACUCCGACAUUGAUUUAACGAUUCACAUGAAAGUGGUGCACCCGAACAAAACCCAAAAUCAGCUUGAUGGUAGUCUUGACAAGGAUGCACGAGUAAAUCAAGUCGAGAAAACGCAGUUGGAAGGAAGGUCAUUGUCUGCUCAGAUAAACAGCAUCGAAAGAAGGGCACAAGAGCAACCUUUGCGAGCUCGGGCAAAGAGACGCUUUUUGAACAAGUGA